AUGGCACCAGAAACACGCUCUCGAGGUGUUCCUCCACCGAGCCGAGUGUACAACUCCUCGCCCGCCCUUCAGCAGGUACAAUUUCCUGCGCGACGAAAGAAGAUACGCCGUUAUGGUGAUUCAGACCGCCGGAGUCUAAAGCAGCAAACAUUAACCCAGAUCGACUUUGUCUCAAGUUUUGACGAAGACGAUGUGGUGGCUCUAAGCAACAGCGAUGACGAUAUUCAAGGUGGCGACGGAGAAUCGGAAGAUAAGGAGAAUAUGAACCCGAAUUUGGCAGACGAGCAAGACGAAAACGUACGAGAAGAGGAAGAAGAAGACAAAGAAGACGAUGAACCUAUUUCAAGAGGGAGAAAGCGCUCAGCGCCAUCGACCAAGGAGAGCAAGAAGCGACGACGAACAAUGGGUGACGAUACAGAUAAAGUUGUCAAGGCUAGAAAGGACGAUAAGUCACGACGCAAGACCUUGGGUGAUAUACCUGUUUCUUCGAAUUACCAUACACAAACUCUUACGCAGUUCUUGGGCCAUCAGACGUCAUUUAUCGCUGAUUCGGAUGACGACCUCGAACCGGACAGGGACGGUGGAGAUGAUGGGUUUCUUUCGUGGUUAGGUGAACCUGGAAGUCCCAGUGCUGGGCGUGGCAGACGGGACUUUUCGUUGCCGGCGGUGAAGCAGCGUCAUGACGCGGCGGCUGCCUCUACGGGAGCAGGUAUAAGCAUGUCUCGUGAGGAUUCUGUCAUUCCUCAGACCCCUGCGAAGAAGAGCACCACUAUUCGCUUCAACAUUCCGUCUGGGGGGCUGCAUUCUCCUGGUGAGAGGAUGAUUGAUCGCUACGGGGCCCCAGAUCAGCAAGAUUCACCGUUGAAGAACCAUACGUCGCCUGUGAACCAACCUCUGUCAGAAUUGAUUGGGGAACCAAGACGUGCGACACCUAGAGUCGCAAAACAACCUUCUCUGGUUAUUGAAGAUUCGUAUGACACGGAAGGGUGGACCACGCCCAGUAAGAGUCAAGUGAGAGAAUCACAAAAGGGGACACCAACGCCUGUGCGGGCUUCUUUCGGCACGCCAUCGAAACUGAACCCGGUGGGAGAUAAAGGCACGCCGACGAAGGGGAGAAUUUCGAGACGAAAGACGCCAUCACCGAAAAAAGUAACCAUUGCGGGUGUGUAUGAGAUCCCGGACUCGGAUGAAGAUGACGAUGGGUUUGGCGAUGAAGAUGAUGAGACGGAGGCUGGUGUGCAGGGCGAGAUUGCAGAGGAGGCAUACGGCGCUGGCGCUGAGACACAGAUUGUAAUGAGUGAGAUUGCGUCUACGGAUGGGAGGCGAGAAAGCUGCGAAGAUGUUGUGCCUUGUUCGACGCAAACCUCAAAACAAAAUACGCAGAACAAAUCGGCGUCCGCAACCGGGGUUGCACCACCACCGACAGCAAACCAAGCCGACGUUCCAUCUUCACCACCAACCUCAACGCUGCCACGACCUGCGCCUAUCCGCAAACCUCUGCAUCAUCCUUCUGGCCACACACAAACCCAAAGUCAGCCAUGGGAAUCCCAGCGCGUCCCUGCAUCUAUUCUGCGGUCCCUUCCCACCCCAACUGCCAGAUCCGAUAUCCUCCUCCGUAUCUCAACCACAUCCCUCGACACCCUCGUAAGGGGACAUACGCUCUUCGUCACCACAAAGUUUAAAGUUCCUUCACAAGUCGUGCGGUUCUGGCUGUUCGAGAACCACCUCCUCCGAUACAUGGCCACCAUCGAACCUGGCCAACAGGUCCAACCGACUAGCAGCUCCUCGUCACAAGGAGAGUGGAAGUUCCAUGCCUCACAAGUAUACGAGUUGAAUAAUCCCGUUUGCGAAGAUGACAUGCGUGAAGAAGGAUGGCUCAAUGGCCAGUUCGCUCGCUACACAUACCUCCCUCCCGCUGUUGUCGGACAAUCACUAUGGAACCUGAGGCACGCCAUCUUCGGGGACGCAAACGACCAGCAAAUCCCCAGUUCUCCAUUCAAACCGAGUUCCCAGCCUCAGCCCGAACACAGCAAGGACAACGCUCAAGAUCAACUCCCCAAUUCAACACCACCAGGCAGCAUGACGGUAUCACAACAAAUCACUGCCCAAAUCCGCAGUGACAUAGCAUCUUCCACCCAGUUCCCAACAUCAGACGAUCUCGUCCCAUCAACCCCCGACUUCAAUGAAACUCUCAAACCCUCUUCCUCGAGAACGACUCUCCCUCCCUUCAGUGCUUCAAAAUCCAAAGCUGUUCGGCCUUCCCAGGCAACCACGGUCUCACAGCCCUCCACACCCGAGAAGCAGACACAACAACCAUCAAGCAUGCCACCCCCUCCGCUGUUCAACACCUCCGACAACAGCAUUCAGUUUAUUGAAAGUGGCUCGCCGGGCAGUUUGCCAUUUCCUUCUUCCUUGGGAUCUACUUCGCAGCUCUUGACAAAGAGUCAGAUGCUGCCGGAUAGUCUGAUACGAGAUCAUGCCCCGCCCGAACAGCCUGAGAUUUGGGACUCUGAGGACGAUGACGCUCCUUUAUAG